GGGGCCUGCGUCUUCCAGCCGAGCCGCUGCUCCUGCACACGGUGCGGGGCCGCACCUCUGGGCCGUGGGUGCCGGAGGGGCCCGGGCGGUGACCCGGGGCUGCUCGGUGGGUGCGGGCGUGGUCCCCGCGGCCGGCGUCCCCCGAAGCCGCCGUCCCCCGAAGCCGCCCUCAGGCUAUGACCGACUCGGCGAGGCUGCGCCGCGACAGCGCGGCGGACUUCUCCUCGCACUAUGAGCACCUGUGCGCGCUGCAGGACUCGGCGCCGCUGCCCGCCGUGCGCGCCUGCCUGCGGGACGGCCUGCUGGACCUCAACGCCGACCGCCUCCGCGCCGGGGACUGGGCGCCCCUCCUGAGCACCCUCAGGAUCAGUAAAGAUCUGCCCUUGAUCUCCGUCAAGAGCUUCUUCCAGCCGUGGCUUGGAGAAACAGGUUCUGACAUAAAUAAAGUUUGCAGAAGUCGUGCUCCUGCGAUAAGAUCCAAAGAUGUGACCUUCCAGUUAUGUAAAGCUCUUAAAGGCUGUUUAAGUAUAUCAAGUGUGCUAAGGAACCUGGAGCUAAAUGGACUAAUUCUGAGAGAGAGAGAUUUAACUGUUUUAACAAAGGGAUUGAAUAAAUCAGCUUCUUUGGUGCACCUGUCUCUUGCAAAUUGUCCGAUUGGAGAUGGAGGUUUAGAAAUUAUUUGUCAAGGUAUAAAGAGCUCUAUCACUCUUAAGACAGUCAACUUCACGGGGUGUAAUCUGACAUGGCAGGGAGCAGAUCACAUGGCCAAGAUCUUAAAGUAUCAGACAAUGAGAAGAUAUGAAGAAACCUGGGCUGAGAGUCUUCGCUAUAGGAGACCUGACCUUGACUGUAUGGCUGGCUUAAGGCGUGUUACGUUGAAUUGCAACACACUCAUUGGUGACCUAGGCGCAAGAGCUUUUGCAGAUGCUGUUAGUGAAGAUUUAUGGCUAAGAGCACUUGACCUGCAACAGUGUGGCCUUACCAGUGAAGGAGCAAAGGCUUUACUGACGGCGCUUGAAACCAAUAGAACUCUGGUUGUUCUGGAUAUAAGAAAAAAUCCACUCAUUGAUCAUUCUAUGAUGAAAGCAGUUAUCAAAAAAGUUCUCCAGAAUGGAAGGAGUGCUAAGUCAGAGUACCAGUGGAUAACUUCUCCAUCAGUGAAGGAACCAUCCAAAACUGCUAGACAGAAAAAGAGAACUAUAAUUCUAGGAAGUGGUCGAAAAGGAAAAGCUACUAUUCGAAUUGGAUUUGCUACAAAGAAACCUGUAAGUAGUGGAAGAAAACACUCCCCUGGUAAAGAAUAUGGUGCUCCUGAACCUCUGCCACCUGGUGUGUCUGGUUUCUUGCCAUGGCGUACUGCAGAACGUGCAAAAAGGAGCAGGGGUUUUCCAUUAAUCAAAACUCAUGACCUAUGUAAUCAGAUGCAGCAACCAGGUUUUCCUGUGACUGUGACAGUAGAGAGCCCUUCUUCUUCAGAAAUUGAAGAGGUCGAUGAUUCUUCAGAAAGUGUUCAUGAAGUGCCUAAGAAAACCAGUUUAAAACAGGAAGCAUUACAGGAAAAACUGGAGGAGUGCCUAAAGCAGUUAAAGGAAGAAAGAGUAAUAAGGCUUAAGGCUGAUAAAAGAGUCAGUGAGCUGGAACAUGAAAAUUCCAAGUUAAGAAAUAUAAAUUUAUCUUUGUCUGAAGCCCUUCAUGCACAGUCAUUGACAAGUAUGAUCCUGGAUGAUGAAGGUGUUUUGGGCAGCAUUGAGAAUUCUUUUCAGAAGUUUCAUGCUUUCUUGGAUCUCCUUAAAGAUGCGGGGCUUGGGCAGCUUGCCACAAUGGCUGGUAUAGAUCAGUCAGAUUUUCAUUUAUUAGGUCAUCCUCAGAUGAAUUCUACUAUUACUAGUCCACCUAAAGAAGAAAAGAAGGCACUUGAAGAAGAAAAACCAGAACCAAAUCAGAAUGCCCAAGGACAAAUGCAAAAUAUCCAAGUUUCUAUUUGUAUGCAGUCAGCUUACAAUGAAGGAACACUAAUGAAGUUUCAGAAAAUUACAGGUGAUGCUACAAUUCCUUUGCCUUUCGACUCCUUCCCUGUCCCAGUUUCUACUCAGGAAGCCACAGUAACGUCCAAAGACAACCUGGGAGUCCCGGCCACCGAGCAGCAUGAGUCUUUUGAAGGAUUCAUUGCUAGAACAUGUUCUCCUUUAGCAGAAGUGAUUUCUGGGCCUGGAAGUCAAAGAAAAGAUGAAGAGUUGUCCAGAAAUAGCAGAUCUUCAGAGAAAAUGUCCAAAACAGAAUCUCACUGAAAUGACUGGAGAAAUAUUAAAAUAAAAAAAAAAUUAAUACAGAGUUGGAAAACCAGAAAAUGAACAAUGUGAGAUUUCUAGAAGAUAAAAAGCAGAUUAUCGAAGGACCAGUUAAUUGAAGAGUGGAACAGCCAAACCAUUCCAUUCAUCUUUGGAGCAUCUGAUUCAAUGAGUUUGGCACCAGGCUAAGGAAGCAGCUGUCUGAAGUGGGAAUUCUGACACUGAGAUCAGAGAAUAAGGGCAUUAUCCACAAUGACUACAGGGAGGAACUGAAGUUAAACUGCCCACACUGUCUCUCUGGCUAUGGUCACCUUCCACUCCCCUUUAUAAUCUCCAGAGGUGCCUGUAAUUAGAAAUUGUGUCCACUGAAAGUGAACCAGAAUUCUCAUUUGGCUGAGAAAAAGCACUUCAAACUUUAAUCUUAGGCCCUCAUCUAUAAAUAUGA